AUGCCCACGCACUCUGAUGCACUCAUCGUCAAUCAGCUGCUUGUAGGCGUGCAUAUUGCCGCUGCGGCCGAGGCGAUGGCGCUGGCCGCGAGAGCGGGACUGAACACGCGAGAAGUGUACGAGGUGGUGCGUCAUGCGGCCGGGAAUAGCGCUGCGUUUGAGAAGCGCGUGCCGCUGAUGCUGGACGGCCACUGGUCCCCGCUCUCGGCCCUGAACUCCGUCGUCGAGGACAUGCGCGCCGUCACUGCUGCCGCCCGCCGGCACAACUUCCCCGUGCCCCUGGCCUCUGCGGCCGAGCAACUCUGCAUCGCUGGUCUGGCCCAGGGCUUUGGCCGAGACGACGACGCCGGGCUCGUCAGGACAUUCCUGCCCGGCGCCCCCUCGUUGGUCCAUGACCAGAGCAGGAGAAUCAGCCUGAGCGCCGAGCCAACCCCGUCCACCACGCCCAAGGAGCUCGCAAAGGUCGGCUUUGUCGGGCUGGGAACCAUGGGCCAGGGCAUGGCCGCCUCCCUCAUCCGCGCCGGUCUUCCCGUCCACGGCUACGACCUGCACCGCCCGGCGCUGGAGAAGUUCUUGGCAAACGGAAAAGGGGCCGUCGAGGCCGGAGCUCCUGCAGACGCUGCCCGGCACGCUCAACUCUUCAUCCUCAUGGUCCAGAAUGCCGCGCAGGUCGAGGAUGUCCUCUUCGGGUCCGGCGCUGCGGUCGAGAGCCUGCCCCAGGGUGCGACCGUGAUGCUGAUGUCGACCGUCGCGCCCUCCUUUGCCAAGGGCCUCCAGGAGAGGCUCGUUGCCGCCGGCAAAGACUUGGACAUGGUCGACGCGCCCGUCAGCGGAGGCGUCGCCCGUGCCGCCAACGGCAACCUGACCAUCAUCUGCUCCGGCAACAACACUGCCUUUCCCGAGGCCAACACCGCCAUUGCUGCCAUGAGCGGCACCGACAAGAACGUCUACCGCGUCCAGGGGGGCGCCGGGGCAGCCUCGGCCGUCAAGCUCAUCAACCAACUCCUGGCCGGCGUCCACAUUGCCGCAGCGGCUGAGGCGAUGGCCUUCGGAGCCAAGCUCGGGCUCAACACGAGAGACUUGUUCGCUACCAUCUGCAACUCCACCGGCCACAGCUGGAUGUUCGAGAACAGAGUGCCGGCCAUGCUGUCCGCCGACUGGACCCCGCAUUCCGCGCUAGCCAUCUUCGUCAAGGACCUCGGCAUCGUGCUCGACGAGGCCAAGCGACUCUCCUACUCUGCCCCUCUGUCCGCCGUCGCCCACCAGCUGUACCUGUUUGGCGCAUCCAGCGGCUGGACAAGCGACGCCGAUGCUGGUGUUGUGCGUGUGUGGGAAAAGAUGGCCGGCGUGAACGUGUCGUCGGCGGCGGCGAGUGCUGGUUCUUUAAUUGACAACAAGGACGACGACGGCGACACUGACUUCAUCCCGAGAGAGUAUCCGGCGCUGCCAGCCGACGACCUCCUCGCCUCCCUGCCACCCCCGUAUCCGCACCCCGAACAUGUCCUCGACACGAUCCGGCGCCGUAUUGCAAGUAAAGACGCGCCCGUGCUCGUCGUGCUCGACGACGACCCGACCGGCACCCAGACAUGCCACGACAUUGCCGUCCUCACCGUCUGGGAUCAUGAGACCCUCCUGUCCGAGUUCCGCACCGGAACCACCGGCUUCUUCAUCCUCACCAACUCGCGCGCCCUGCCCACGGACGAGGCCACUGCGCUGAUUACUACAAUCACCCGCAACGUCGCCGCCGCUGCUGCUGCUGCCUCAUCACGCCCCUUUAACAUCGUCCUCCGGGGCGACUCGACCCUGCGCGGCCACAUGCCCGCCGAACCCGACGCCGUCGAAUCCGUUCUCGGCCCGGCACACGCCUGGAUCCUCGCUCCCUUUUUUCUCCAGGGCGGUCGUCUCACCAUCAACAACAUCCACUACGUCCACGAGCCCCCGCUCCUCGUGCCCGCAAGCCACACCCCCUUUGCCCAAGACGCCUCCUUUGGCUACCGGAGCUCGAACCUGCAAGACUACGUUCGCGAGAAAUGCGGUCCCCGCUUCGACGACGCCCACACCUGCUCCAUCAGCAUUGAGACUCUCCGCACUGGCGGUCCUGCCGCCGUGACCGCCGCCCUCCUCGCCGCCCCGCCCCGCUCCGUCAUCCUCGUCAACGCCGUGGCCGAGUCAGACAUGUUCGUCUUUGCCGCCGGCCUGCUCAACGCCGAAGCUACAGGUAAGCGGUAUCUGUACCGCACCGCCGCCGCAUUCAUCUCCGCCCGCCUCGCAAUCACCCCUAUCGCGCCCCUAACGCCGCAAGACCUCGGCAUCGACACCACAUCCGCCUCUGCGCCCGGCGGGCUCAUCGUCGCGGGGUCCUACGUCCCCAAGACAACAGCCCAACUCGCCCGUCUGCGCGAGCGUCGCGGCGCCCGCCUCGCCGUCCUCGAACUCGACGCCGGCGUGCUCAGCAGCCACGUCUACGACACCAGCUCCUCCUCCUCCUUCUCCUCCUCCUCCUCCUCCCCCGCCUUCUCCACAGCAGCAGAAUCCCUCAUCGCAACCACAAUCUCCCAAGCAAACACCCUCCUGUCCUCUGGUGGUGGUGUCGACGUCCUCGUCAUGACAUCCCGCACCCUACUCUCCGCACCCUCCUCGCACACGACGAGUCUGCGCAUCAACCGCGCUGUUGCCACUGCGUUGGAGCGCGUCGUGAGGGGCGUGCAUGUCCGGCCCAGGUAUGUCGUUGCUAAAGGGGGGAUUACCGCGUCUGGGGUUGCGACGGUCGGGCUGGGCAUGAGGAGGGCGGUUGUGGUGGGGCAGGUUGGGGGUGGGGUGCCGGUUUGGCGGUUGAGACAUCGUGGUGUGCCCGUCGUGGUGUUUCCGGGGAAUGUGGGUGGAGUGGAUAUGUUGGCGGAUUUGGUUGCGAGGUGGGGGGUUGAGUAG